CGCGCAUAACGCGCGUGUUCUACUCUCUUAAUACUACACAUUAAAAACAUCGCGUAUAUAUGUAAUAAAAAAAAUAUUAAAUAAAAAAAAAUAAGAAACAAUAUCUAUUUUAAGUGCUACAGCAAAUACAUGAAAAUACAGUUACGCACUAAACGUGCAAAGAGCACAGAGUAACAGCUAGAUUAAACAGCUUUUGGCAGCUGUUCAUUGAAACUGUAAAGUGCCCCGUAGACGAUUGCAAUUGAACGAAACACAACUCCAGUGUUUUUAACUGUAAACACACAAGGAUAAAGAAACCUGUACGAUUAGUUUGAAAUAAAUACAAUGGGUCGAUUAAACUGGAGAAACGCUCACUGCAUGGGUGGUGUUAUGGACGGAGAUGAGACAUCGAAGUUGUUUGGAAAGUCCUGCCGUGGGAAUGUAUCGCCAUUGUAUUGGCGCAUCCCAAUUCUGCUAUGGUCCGUCGUCGUGAUCACUUGUUCAGUCAGCUUUUUCUGGGGCUCCCGUGAGAAAUUCCUCAUUUAUAUGACGCACUGGGGACUGGUGUUAAUUUCAUUGGAAUCUCUGUUUGGAAUCAUUGUCACAGUCAGAAAAGUUAACAAAGAAAAAUCUGAUGCUACAUUCGGGUUACCAUGGUACGUCAAGACUUACUGGUUGUUGUACAAUAUCGCUAUACCGGUGUCCUUCCUCGUCUCCGGAUUCUACUGGGGUCUCCUCAGGAGUAAAGUGGGAAAGUUGGACUACUUCGCACCAAAUCCAGUGCUGGACGUAAUGUUACACGGAAUUAACUCAGCUGUAAUGUUGGUGGAGCUACUGUCGUCGGCGCACCCCAGCAGGUUACUUCACAUCAUGCAGCCGCUUCUGUUCGCAGGAGCUUACCUGUUAUUCACCGUUAUAUAUUACUACGCUGGAGGGCUCGAUCCGUGGGGUCACCCAUACAUUUACCCCGUAAUGGACUGGAGUAAACCACGAGAGACGAUAGUUGUUGCGGCACUGUCAGGCUUGUUCCUAGCUCUGAUGCACAUUGUUGUAGUAGCCAUUGCAACACUGCGGGAUGCAAUCGUGCGGCGGUUACAGAAGGACGUCACUGGCGUUUACAACAAUGCGUUCAAUGCCUGAAGAAAAUCCGAUGGCAAUGCAUCAGAAAACUUACUUCUGAUAGGUACCAGCGCAUAUUUUAUAAGAAUCCCUUUUAUAAUAGGUAGUUCAUUUAAGAAAGAGGUGAAACUAGUCACAAUUUCUUCUUCAUUAUUUGUACGUUAGUGUGGUUGUAUUAAUUACUGUGAUCUAUCUAUCUAUUGAAGUUUUUUUUAAUUAUUAUAUAUCCAAAGAAAAGGGUAAAAUUUAAAGAUAUGAAGAUAAUAUAAGGCUCACGGACGAUUCCACACGUGAUGUUUUAAUUCAAGCAGUAUUUUCACUGAUCAAUACUUCAUGUUAGAUGUUGUCAGGAGACCUUUCUUUUACCAGUAUAGUUUACUAUCAAGCAGCUUAUCAGCAAUAUUGGGUACUCCGAAAUCGAUAUUUCUGCUGCCUGGACAGUGUGGAUUUGGUUAUACGUAGCAGCUGUUAUGUUUCACUGCAAAUUUUUAUCAUAUAAUUUGCAAUACUAAACGAAUUAUGGUCUUAUAAAAAAUAUUUAUACAUACACAUUUAGUACAUCCCUGUGUAUAUAUAUCGGAUGUCAUACCCAUCACGUCUCUCCAUUUCAUCCAGGAAGCCGUAUCCUGUGUUAGAUGUUUGAGUCGAGACUACUUGAACUAGGUCAUGCUCCAGUAGUCUCGACUUAAUAUUAUUAUAAUAAAAUAAAUGCGAAAUUCUAGAUAUGAAAUCGACUACCUGUAUGUAUUCCCCUUUUAUUUUUAUUAGGUACUAAGAAAACAAAGAUGAUUUAGUAAUAAGUGGUUAUUGUUGCUCAAUUAAUUUAUAGUUAAGACGAUGAAGACUUGAUGUGAUAAAUAAAUAACAGACCCGAGGCACAGAAGAAAGUAAAGUUCAAGUUUAGUUAUGGCAUUGUAUUACAAGCUAAUAAAUCUGGGUUAUUAUACAAAAAUAAUUAAAUUUGCAUUAUUAUGCUGCAUUAAAUACAUAGUUUUUUUUUUUAUUGAAUUUAUUUAUUUUAAUAGAAAAAGCCUAGAUUUACAACUUAUAUAACACCAUCAACCGCUACUAAUAACUAACAACACUAUCUUUUAAUAUUAGGAAACAGGAUUAGGACUAGUGAAUUUUUGUCUGCCUGUUUAUUUCAACUGAUAUCUCUCUCAUACCCAAUUUUAUUCUUAUAUAUUAGAAUAACUUAAAAGUGAUAUUAAAUUAGUAAUAUUGUGUAAAUGACAUUUAUUUCGUAAGAUUAAGUAUUAAAAUAUGAAUUUUGUACAAACCGCCAGCUUUUUUGGAAAUUUGAGUUAUAACACAAACAGCAUUUAAGUGGGUAUCUAAUAUUAAAUUCAUGGAUUUAUUUAUUUCAAAUUAGUUCUAUGUUUCUAUUUGUGACGGUUCGGUGUGAAGUUUUAUCGUCAUAUUUUCCUUUAUUUAAUAAUCUUAAUAGAACGCCAAAAAAUAUUUUUAGUUUUUGAAUCUGGAUUAAGGGGAUUGUUUCUGUUUUUUUUAUACAAUAACAUAAGUAACUUUAAACGAAGGGGAAAAUAGUUCUAUUGAACUUAAUUUUAUUUUGUAAAAAGAAACAUUUUCUCUUUUAACACUCGAUCGAAAAUUAACAAAAAAAACAUCUACUACCCACUCCUAAACUGCAAAAUAUUUUUGUAAAAUAAACUUUUCACCCAUUAUUUUAAUUUAAAUACCUAUACCUCAAGUACAUUUAUUUAUUUUUUAUUUAAAAUCAUUACUAGUAUGAACAGUUCGAUUUUAUGGUCAACCAAUAAAACUAAGAUUCAUUCAUAUCCAAAAAUUAAUUAAUUAUUAGUUACCUGGUAAAUGUUAUUAUGUUUAUUCAUAUUUGCCAUAAAAAAAAUUAAAUA